GAGAAGAGAUAUAUCGUGAAGCCCCCCCCCUAAUCGAUCAUCUUCUGGAGGAGACAAACACACAGCUCCUCCUUCUUCCUGGACUGAACAAAAGCCUUAAAACGACCUUCAACUUCCGAACCACCUCCAACGCCACUGGCCACUCCCUAGCCACCAACAAUACUAACCACUAUUCCCUCACCUCCAUUAAUCUCCAUGUGAGCUGUCACUCUAGACCCCAAGCACAACAACGACCCCCACCAGUUUCUUCUUCUCCGAACACUAGCCAGAACAGACCACUCCUUCAACCGUGGCUUCUUCCUCUUAUAGCCUUGAACACCUAUGAACGGAUCCCCACUGUUACCCUCGCCCAAAAGACCCCCUGCUUCUUCAACCUUUGGACACAAGGAAGAGAACGACCUCCUCUCUCCAAUUUUUGGCCAGCGUACCUUCCCAUUUUCCGUUUCCGUAGACAGAGAUCCAUAGGAAGUUCUGGACAGAAUCUUAGCAAAUUUCUCUGUUGAUUUUUUUGAUUUCGAUUUGAGUUUCAAAGUGAUGGAAUUCAAAUGAGUGAAGGUGCCGAAUUUGUGGGUGCUCGUUGAAUGCCGUCGGGUUUUGAAGUGUCUGUUUCGAUGCUCAUUUGGUGGAAUACGCUUCUGCUCGUUGAGCUUUAGUUGCUGCCUUCAAGUGUAUUAUUUUACCAACAUCUAAUUGAUUGAAACUCCCUCUUCCAGGUGUCUUGUCUUAGCCUCGUCAUUAUCUCGUCAAGGUUACACUCAAUAUUUACUGAGUACAUGGGGUUGGUUGUACUCAUAUCAUACUUCUGCACUUCUUGUACAAUUCUGUGCCGGUCCUAGCAGUAUCUAGCGAGGAGCAUAGCUUGGUGACCAGAGAGACUCGAGAUAAUGUUGUUUUCCUCCUUCAGACUCCAGAAUUACCUUAGCUCUUAUUAUCGUUAUUUUCUUAUAUCAUAUAGAAUUAAAUUUCAUUUCAGGCUUUAUAUGUAGUACUCUUAGUAGCUCAUGUACUCUGUGACACCAAAUCUUGGGAGGUUAUAUGGACGAUGUUUGGGUUUAGACUAUUAAUAUAUAUUUUUGAGUUUUUCUCGUAUUCCAUAUUAUUUGUUGCUAUAUGUUAGUCUAGUUUUCUUAUUUAUUGUUACUUGUUGGCUUGCCUAGAAAGCAGUGUUAGUUGUCAUCACGACCCCGUUGGUUGGGGUUUUGGGUCGUGACAAAAACUAUUCUGUUGUAGACAUACCGCUUAUUUUUCAGUCAUAAAUUUCGAAUUGUACUGAGUAUAGCCAAACAAAUCACUUUAAAAUUCAUAGGUGAAACCAGGAUUUGAAUAUUAUAAGUUCAAUUCGACUUCUGGAUUCUAGCAUAACUUAUUUGAUUUGCUAGGUUUAAAUUCAUUAUUUGUACUCCAAUAGUGAAUUUUAACACAUAUAUACAUGGUUCGAGCCAACUAUUAGAUUCGAAUAAACUCAUAAAUUAUACAGUAGACCUGUAUUUGCUUUAGAUAUGAACAAAUUAAUUGAGGUGUGCGUAAACUGAUGUGUGCACGGGUAUUUCCCCAACCUCGAAGGCUGAAGCUGUUUCUUCAUCUUUGACCUUGGCCUAUUAACAACAUUUGACUCUAUGUUCUCGUACGAGCUAGUGCCCGUGCACUUCCAAGUUGUCAGCUAUUAAUUGGUUUUGGAAGUUAGUAUGGUAACUAACAGGAUGCUUGAAGCAACUAUCCUAUUUUUCACCUCUAAUCGACUAGCUCAAUUUUAGGAGAACCGGAGAAUAUAAAUAAAAUUUGUCAUGAUGUAGAAAAUGGCAAGCUUUCAGGACCUGAGCACGGCUAGCUUGUCACUAUCUACGUAUAUACUUACAUUUGCCUACCAGAUCUUAAGCCCCAAUUUCUGCUUCCAGUUUACUACUAUAUAAAUAAAUUGCGCCUCCAUGCCCCUUCAACUGGUAUUAUUAAGUCACUUAGUACUCUCUCACCCUCUGCUAAUCCUUAAUUGACUUACCAACUUCUUCAUCAAUGGCUGUUCCUGCAACAUUCUCCAUACAUUAUUCUCUCUUUUUCUUUUGUUUAAGCUUUUGCUUCCAUGGAACUUUUGCUGAUUAUGGAGGCUGGAAAAAUGCUCAUGCCACCUUCUAUGGAGGGGGUGAUGCAUCAGGCACAAUGGGUGGUGCUUGUGGUUAUGGGAAUUUGUACAGCCAAGGAUAUGGAACCAACACUGCAGCACUAAGCACAGCACUAUUCAACAACGGAUUGAGCUGUGGGGCUUGCUACGAGCUCACUUGCAGCAAUGACGCUCAAUGGUGCCUACAAGGGACUAUUACUGUCACUGCCACAAAUUUCUGUCCUCCGAAUCCAUCCCUACCUAAUGACAAUGGCGGCUGGUGCAAUCCUCCUCUCCAGCACUUCGAUUUGGCUGAGCCUGCCUUCUUGCAAUUAGCUCAAUACAGAGCAGGAAUUGUCCCUGUAUCUUUCCGAAGGGUGCCUUGCAAGAAGAAAGGAGGAAUAAGGUUUACAAUAAAUGGACACUCUUACUUCAACUUGGUUUUGGUGACAAACGUUGGGGGUGCUGGGGAUGUUAAUUCAGUCUCCAUUAAGGGAUCUGGUUCUGGAUGGCAAACAAUGUCCAGAAAUUGGGGCCAAAACUGGCAGAGCAAUUCCUAUCUCAAUAGUCAGAGUCUUUCA